UACCUCACGUGAUUACUGUAUUGAAAGAAGCUAAGGUCCCUCCACUAACUAACAGCAGUUUUAACAUAAGUUGAUGGCAACAAACUCAGCUUCCCAUCUCCUAAAACCCCACCACCAAUUUGAAGAUAGAAAUAAAAAGCUAUAUGCACCAAUAGAUGGUUGUCUAUAAAUAGUGAGGUAAGGAGACAGAGUGAAACAUGAACUACUGCCACUUAUAACUAAUUAAGCAGAGAGAAGAUGGAGAAUAAUAAUUCUCAUGAGUAUGCUAGAAAAGUCAUGAAGGAUGUCUCUCUUCAGGAGCUCAGAGAUAAGCUUGCAGAAUUUUCCAGAGUUAGAGGUUGGGAUCAGUAUCACAGUCCGAGGAACCUUCUCCUAGCUUUGGUUGGAGAAGUGGGAGAAUUAUCAGAGAUAUUCCAGUGGAAAGGGGAAGUUGCAAGAGGGCUACCUAACUGGACAUCAGAUGAUAAGGAACAUUUGGAGGAGGAACUUUCUGAUGUUUUGCUCUAUCUUGUUCAGCUAGCUGAUGUUUGUGGACUUGAUUUAGGUCAAGCAGCUCUUACUAAGAUUGUCAAGAAUGCUAAAAAAUACCCUGUUACUAAACCUACUUAAUUCUUAAUUCUCACAAAUAGAAGGGUUUUUGCCUAUUAAUUGUAGUAGGAAAGCUAGUGUUAUCUUCUUGUGGGGUAUGUCCUUUUGUUGAGAUUAAGUUAUAUAAAUCGUUGUUGUAAGAAAUAUUUUACAUCAUCAGGUCACCUAAAAUAUAUUUACAUGUAAGUCUUUUUAAAA